GCGCUUAAUACUUGCAUGGUAACGGAACUCAUCUGCAUUACAACGCACAUCUUACGUGGACAUAUGAGACCAUGGUGCUGCUACACAGCAGCCGCCGGUUGAAGCUGCAGCCUUCGUGGACAUUUUGUCAAGGUAUGGAGCCAUUUCUUAACACUUCUCCUUUAAAAAUGCAAGUAAAGAGGUCGGGCAUUGUGAGCGUGGAGGUGUACAAGUGUCAAUAUAAAUGAUGACGACCACUGCGGACGAAGUGGAGAUGUUGGAAGGAGAAGUGUUGCGAGCGAUGCUACCUCAAGGCCAGCGGACCUUCGCACAGUGCAUGCGGGAUUGCUCAGAUCUACAUUACUUGAUGCAUAUAGGCAUUUGAGACUAGUAUCACAUCAAAUCGCUGUAUCCUGCAUGCUCGCCGCAUUCACUGGCCUUCAUAGACGACAACCGAGAAUUUUAACAUUGGCAUUUAAAACAGCCUUGCACACACUUCGUUCUGCGCAUAUCUGUUGUAAUGAGUAUUAGGCUUCACAGCAUGAGCGAGGUGCCAAGAUACCUCACCACAGUGAGUGUGCUUGUCCGGAGAAAUAUUGAAUAUAACUUCGUCAGCAUCGUUUGCUGCUUAUGUAUUCAUGACUUCAUGACGAAUGGAGCCAUGUUUUACCCUCAGGCCUCGGAAGAUGGGGCCGACGUCCAGCCGGGAAUGGAGCAGGCCUCGGAAGAUGGGGAUGACGUCCAGCCGGGAAUGGAGCAGGCCUCGGAAGAUGGGGAUGACGUCCAGCCGGGAAUGGAGCAGGCCUCGGAAGAUGGGGCCGACAUCCAGCCGGGAAUGGAGAAGUCCAUACUGGCGUCUGGGCAGGGGCUUUACCUGUCUAAAGCUGGAACCUGCCUUCCUGGAUGUCUGCUUCACGAGGCGAGCGUAGUUCCUGCGAACUAUGGUCAACAUCAAACCACCCAGCCGUACUGGAACUUAUUGGCAUGA